GCCAUGAUUGUCGAAAGAAAUACUUCCUUGUUGAUAAGCCUGGAAUAUAUCGACUUGAAUGGUUCAAUUUAGACGUUUUGUCAUCAUCAUAAUUUUACCUUUAAUAAAGAACCAGGGGAGGUAGUUCAAGGAGACAAAUAUGAAGACAACGGAACAGACAGAACGCUCGAAAUUAAUUCCUGAUUCAGGGGAAACUAUCAAUGGAGGCACGAGCGCCGCAAUACCUCUUAAAGGGCAAGGCCUUUCUAAAAAGACUGCGGAAGUUUUGAGCUUCGUUGACUAUGACACCAUGCGAAGAUUGUGCAUGUUGCUCAAUCCCCCGGAUAUUUUCGGCAAUGAUUGGCGAAUGCUUGCCGAUAAGAUGGGAUUCACGUUUUUGGAGAUACGUAACAUUGAGCGCGAGAAGAAUCCAACACAGGCGCUGCUCUUGUUAUAUAAGACACGUACGGGAAAAGGUACCAAGGACCUCCUUACUGAUCUACACGACUACACAUUAUCGAUGGGUCGAGAGGAUUGUGCAACACUCUUAAAGGAUACAUUGGAAGGCGAGAAUGCAAACGAUGUGAAAAUCGAUAUGUCUGAUCUCACAUGUGGAAGAAAAAGUGUUCUUACUGAGCAUGUAAUAGAUGCUUCCGAGUUUUAUUAUGGACGUUUAUGUUGUUUACUAUUGAAGGAGGGGACCAUACAGAUACGAAACUAUCUCCUGAAUAACUUACCAUCUGGAUAUGAUAACAUAUGCGAUCUGUUACGUAACAAUAAAUAUAAGACACGCUUCAGACUUCUGCGUGAACGCGAGAUGUUGACCCAGAAUCAGUUUAAUACUCUAUACCCACCAUCAUGUGCUGCAGAUCCUUAUGAAUUUGAUCAGGCAUUGCUGUUCAUCUUAAUCAAGAAUCUCGUCAACAAGGGCGAUUUAGAUUGGCGCAAAUAUCCACAAGAGGACGAGCUCGAGCCCGAACAUGACGUCAUCAGAUUGAGACAUUUACGUCAUCAAUUAAUACACAAAUCAAAGACAGAUCUGAGUCAAAGUGAAUUUGAGCGACUUUUCAAUGAAAUCACUGAGAUUUUGUUAAGGAUGGGACAAACUCCUGAAUCAAUGCGGAAAUAUAGGGACCGUGUGUCAAUUUCUGAAAUACCAGAACUAAAACAAGAGUAUUCCAAAGCAGUCUCACAAUUAAAAGAAGAAUUCAUCAGAACAACAAUGGCGGCAGACUUCACUCCCACUCGAAAGUUCAAUAGAUUCAUGAUUCUCAUUAUUCUCUGUUUUGUUCUGCUGUCAGUUGGUGUGUCGGUAUUUGUAGGAAUAUACCUGUCCAAACCCAAUGAAACAUCUAAAUGUGCUGAAAAGGCGGAACUUAAAAUCAACAUGGAUUCUGGAAUGUUCCGAUAUAAGAGUAGAGAUGCAUGGGGUGCGAGACCUCGGAUUGAUAAGCCGACUCCACUCAAAACGCCAACUCAGUACGUCAUCAUCAUGCAUACAGCUGGUCUGGAUUGUGUUGAAAUGAUCGACUGUUGCCAGAGCGUUGUUGAGACACAAAAUCUACAUAUGGAUAAGAAUAGGUGGUCUGAUAUUGGGUACAACUUUCUAAUAGGUAGCUAUGGAGUUGUCUACGAAGGACGAGGAUGGGAAGUAGAGGGAGCGCACACUCGGAGUUGGAACGGAAAAGCCAUUGGAAUUGCAUUUAUUGGCGAUUUCCGGCUUCGACUACCCGAUGACAAAGCCCUUCAAGCCCUUGAAGAAAUCCUCCACUAUGGCGUCGUUAAUAACUUUUUGAUGCCAAACUAUAUAUUAUAUGGUCAAUGCCAAGUUCGGCCUUUCAUGAGUCCAGGAGAAGAGCUUUACAAUAAACUGAUGACCUUGCCCCAUUGGCGUUAUCGUGAUGUACCAGAAGACGCAGAGCUUGAUGGUAACAGGACACAGUACUGCUUCGACAAAAGACCUCCCCGUACAGUAACGAUACCAACUUGAUCAAGCUUGGCAUGAACAUGAAAAAAAUAGAUUAUGAUAUCGUCCUGUAAAUCUUAUCAGAGGAGAUGAGCCCCGUUGAACAUUGUUAGCUACGUGCGGGCUGUAUGAAGUGCACAGUCAAAUGCAAGCUUAGAAGCAUAUGGUUAUGCAGAGUCAUAUAUUGGUCUCGUUUUUUAUAACAAUGAAGAAGAAGGUGAUACACGCAAAGAAACGAUGAUCUAUUUUAGGAGAUAUAUCUGACAAGGUCAUUGACACAAAGAUGGGAUUUAUCUUAACGAACCAUGUCAUGAAGAAAGAUCUUACAUCAUCUCAAUUCAUAGAAAUAUUAUUUGCAAACGGGAACCAAAUCCCGGAACUAAAUAUGCUACGUCACAUAAGGAUGAUAUCUGGGAAAACAUGUAUCUGAACAGACACCCGUGGAUGAUUCAAUAUGUGAUUGCAUAUUUUCUACGAUGCCUGCAAGCAUCUACAAUCAAUAAAUAAAUAUUUUUAUAUUCCAUAACCAUUAUGUCGAUGUAAAAUCCGUAUGUCCAUGUGAACAUACUACCUAGAUCAUAUUUUAUGCAAUGAAUACACAAAAUACCAUCUGAUAACAAUCGAGUUAAUUAUUUAGUCCGGUCAUCAAUUAUUCUGUUUAUCCAGUAGUAAUUUAGUCCUGUGUUUGAAAUGUGUCUGAAAACCAGUCGUUGAAGACAUAUUAUGACACGGUACGAAUAUGUCAAGAGUUAGUGAUAUAUUUGGCUUGUUAAUUUGAAAUGGCCAUAAUUUUUCUUCAACUCAAAUCCAUGCCAUUAGUUCAAAUUUUAUAGGUUUUGGGUAAGGACAAGACAUACUGAUACAAAGAGAAUUUUCAUGAUGUCUACCAGUUUUCAAAAUGGCCGCCAUUUGUAGAUAAUAGUCCCAUUUUUGAUAUCAUAUUUGGUCGAAAUUUCAUAAGCUCAGAUCUUACGGGAAUAGGGUUUCUGCUGAAAAAACUGAAACAAAGUUCCAAAUUGGUCACCAUUUUCAUGGAAAAAUACAAUUUUGAGUAACUCGGAUAUUUGUUAUUGAAAUCUGUCGAAACUUUAUAGGCCACCAACUUAGAAGACAUUUGCAAUAUGCUGCAAAAAUGUUUUGAAAAGAUUUAAUCUUCGUGCUUACAUAUAAGAACUAUUUCAAAUAAGUUGGUACUUUAGUUCUUGUUGGAAUUGAUCAUGGAUAUAAUGACCUUCAAAUGUGACAUUUACCGUUAAUUUGGUAAGUCUUCAAUUGAACUCUAACCUCUUUCAUAAUCUUACACUCUCUGUAAUACAUGUACGUCAUGAUCUCUUGGAAAUUGUUCUUUGUGAGUGGGUUUGUAUUUUACCUAAACAUUGCUUGAGAAAAAGGGCAUAUUGUUUAAACAAAAUUAAAGGAAAACUUUGCAACCUGCAGGCUAUCGUUGCUCAAUGGUAUUUUUCUUAUCAUUACUUUUGAAAUAAGAAAACAAAAUAUUCCACAUCUUUGAAUCAACGCCUUAUUCUAAAGAAUGAUACAAUCCUUAAUUUGUUAGUUGGUUCCAGUACAAUUUACCUUGCGCACGGAGUCUAGUUAU